CCUCUAAAAAAAAAAAAAAAAAAAAAAGGGCAUCCAGUCAGGAUAGAGUGGUCCGAGCAGGGCCAAUGGGUUCUCUCCCGUUUCCCUUUCCAGGAUUCAGUCACCCUUCUCCCAGGACUGACCAAGGGCUCCGUGCCCUUUACAGUGCCAGUAGAAAUCUUCUCUCCUCACCCCUAUCACGAGUCCUACACUAGUCUGGGAGAGGGGAAGCCCGCGCUGUCCAGAUGGCCCCCCAGAGAGAACCACGGAAGGCUCUGGGGAAUACUUUCAGAACCGAGCUCUCUUUAGGACCCAGGGGAAGUAAUUUGCCCCACGCCCAUCCCUUGGGUGAGUUCCUGGUUUUCGUAGAACCGUCACAGGAGAGGUGGUAUUGGCGCCUGUACCCAGUUACCCAGGCCGGAAGCCCCUGGUGCCCUGCUCUCAGGGCUUCCUUUCAUAUCAGAUAAUGAAACUGCACCGGAAGUCCGUGCUCAGUUUCUUCCAUGGGUGCAGACCACAGGCCCCAGACCGAGAGGGCAUUUUGCUAAAGAAGAGGGCCCGAAACACCAGCUACCAGCGCCGCUGGUUCGUCCUCCGGGGAAAUCUCCUUUUCUACCUGAAACACCGGGGAGACCACACACCCCUGGGCCUCAUCCUGUUGGAAAACUGCCAAGUGGAGCCCCAUCUUAAGGCCACAGAACCCUAUGCCUUUACCAUCCUGACCCCUGGGGUAGAGGGCAGGAGUGGGCGGGCCUACAAGCUGGCUGCUGAAAACCAGGAGGCACUGGGCGCUUGGCUCAGGGCCCUAGGUAUGGUGAGCUGCAGGCGGCUGGCGGUGCUGCUCCCUGCACUGGAGGCCCAGUACCUGGAGCUGUGCCAGGCAGCUGGCCAUGAGCCCACCUCAUCCCCAGAGUGCUGUGGCUAUCUGGCUACUCCCAGCACACCGUCCACCUUCCAGGAGUUGCAUGAGCGCUUUGGAAAGGAAAUUCGGGUGCUGCAGGUGGAGCAUAGAGGGCUCCAGACGGCUAGUGACAAUGGAGGCAGCAGAUUCCAGGCAAAACUGGAACAGGAGCGCAACCAGUUUGUUGAUGAGUGACUGAGAUUGGCCACAUGCCAGGAGAUACCUGCCUGCCAAGAGCAGCAGACUGC